AUGGCUUCCGCAGCGAACUGCGCGCGGUGCCUCACCAGGCCCACGACCGCCGCCGCAACAGCCCCCCGAAUCCUCUCGCAGCGCAUCGUCCCCGUCAUCACCGCAUAUGCCGGCGCCUCCGCGGCCCCCUUCUCGACAUCGUCUGCCGACGCCGCUCCGCGCACUCUCAAGAUGAUUGGAAAGCACAUCCGUCGCGGCAAGAUCAACCAGAACUCCAAGAAGAAGAGGGACAACGUCAGGGUCAAGAAGCCGGCCCCCGGCGAGAGAAAGGCGUUCCGCAAGCGCAUCACGCUGAGCAACAACAACGCCCUGGCCGUCGAGGGUCUCAAGGAGAUCACCAACAAGACGCUGGCCGCGGCGGAGAGCAAGGGGUCCGUCGUCGGGCUGCCGGAUAAGCUGGUCGAUCAGCUCCGGACGCUCGAGGCGUUCAAGACGACGCAGAACUGGGGCCUGUUCCGGAGGCCGCAUAUGCUGGUCAGGGAGGAGACUGUCAAGCUCGCGAACCGGCUAGAUGCUGCCGUCAAGGAGAAGCAGACAUUGAGAUUGGCAUUGACGGGCGGCAAGAUUGCAGGAAAGAGCAUGCUGUUGCUGCAGGCCAUGGCUCACUCGCUGAUGAACAACUGGGUGGUCAUUAACAUCCCCGAAGGCCAAGACCUCACCAACUCCAACGCGGACUACAGCCCCGUGCCCAACACCAAGCCCCUCCAGUUCUACCAGCCCAUCUACACCUUCAACCUCCUCCAGACCAUCGUCAAGACCAGCGGCCCCGUCCUGGAGCAGUACAAGAUCUCAAAGGAGUACCCCGAGCUCCUCCACGUCCCCAAGGACGGCACCCUCCUCGACAUCGCCACCGCCGCAAAGGAACCCGAGUUCGCCUGGCCCGCCUUCCAGGCCCUCUGGCACGAGCUCACCACCAACCCCGCGGGCCCCCCCGUCCUCCUCGCCCUCGACGGCCUCUCCCACAUCAUGAAGAUCUCGGCCUACCGCGACCCGGCCUACAACCUCGUCCACGCCCACGACCUCACCCUCGUCCGCCUCUUCGCCGACGCCCUCGCGGGCAAGACCCCGCUCGCCAACGGCGGCGCCGUCAUCGCUGCCACCUCGCGCAGCAACGCGCCCCGCUCCCCGUCCAUGGAACUCGCACUCGCGCAGUCCGCCGCCGCCGCCGCGGACCAGUUCGUCCCCACGCCCGACCCGUACCUCAAGGGCUACGACGACCGCGUCUACGAGGCCGUCCGCGGCGUCGAGACCCUCGACGUCAGCGGCAUCAGCCGCCAGGAGGCCCGCGCCGUCAUGGAGUACUGGGCUGCCAGCGGUCUCAUGCGCUCGCGCAUCGACGAGUCGUCCGUCGCGGAGAAGUGGACUCUUGCUGGCGGCGGUGUCCUCGGCGAGUUGGAGCGGGCGAGCUUGCUCAACACGCGCGUGUUGCAGUACUAA